AUGAAUUUCAAAGACAGGUUACUUGGUAGACCGUCCGUAGACGACAGGAGCGCACGCGAGUCCUUGGCGCUGCCGAAAUUCUCGUUCGAGGGUGACGAUCAUCCGCUCGUCAGCACCGAGCGUCUGUUCCGACAGUGGCAGCAAGAAGAAAACUCAGGCUACGAAGCUGGCCACGAGAUCAUGGAGGAGGGUCUUAGGAAAGGCGAAGAGAUUGUUAUCACCUGGGACGGCCCGAACGACCCUCGCAACCCCCUCAACUGGAGCAACAAACGCAAAUGGGUAGCUACAAUACUCGUGUCGCUCUUUACAUUCAUUUCGCCUUUCUCAUCAACUAUGGUGACUCCUGCGUUACCAAGUAUUGGAGAUGACUUUGAUAUACCAGAAGGUUUCAUGCGCCAAUUGGUCAUGACCAUCUUCCUUCUUGGCUAUGCUCAAGGACCCUUCGUCUUGGCGCCUUUAAGCGAGAUCUUCGGACGUGUUACGGUGUUGCAGUAUGCCAAUCUUGUGUACCUGCUUUUUAACACGUGUUGUGGGUUUGCGCGGACCAAGGAGCAGAUGCUUGCUUUUCGGUUUCUUAGCGGCCUAGGCGGAGCGGCGCCGCAAGCUCUGUGUAGUGGCGUCCUCGCUGAUACCUGGUCAAAAGAAGAACGUGGAAAAGGCCAGGCCAUCUAUGGUAUCCUGACAUGGCUGGCACCCUGUGUAGCCCCCAUCUGCGGCGCCUACAUAUCUGAGGGCGUAAGCUGGCGUUGGAUCUUCUUCGCAACCUCCAUCUUCACCGUCUUCGUGCAGCUCACCGCCCUCUUCUUCCUUUCCGAGACCUUCGCCCCCGCCAUCCUAGCCAAGAAGGCAAAAGCUGUCAGGAAAGCGAUGAAGGGCAUACGGGACGACGUAGUCGUGCGAACAGAGUUCGAGACCGGCGAUCGCAUGAGCAAGAUAUUGAGGAAAAGACUCAUUCUGCCGUUCAUCAUGAUGUUCACGCAUCCUGCGACCCAGGCACCUUCGAUAUAUCGCGCAUUCCUGUACGGUGUUAUGUAUCUAAUGCUUUCAACAUUCCCGAUGGUCUUUGAGGAUGUGUACGAUAUGGAUACUGGGCAUGCGUCGCUCAAUUACCUAUCACUCUGUUUGGGCUUCAUGAUCGGGUUGCAGAUUUCACAUCCCCUCAUGGAUGGGUUGUAUGCUCGGAUGAAAACGUACUACAACCUCACCGAAGGCCUACCUGAGUUCCGCGUCCCGCCUAUGCUCAUAGCAGGUGUUGUUUGCCCUAUUGGUCUCUUCAUCUACGGCUGGAGUGCUCAGAACGAAGUUCACUUCAUCGUCCCCAAUCUCGGCGCCGUCAUCCUCGCCAUCGGCCUGAUCAUCGGCUUCCAGUGCUCGCAAGCUUACACCACUGACGCAUACGAAGCACGUUACGCAGCAUCUGCAGCCAGUGUAGGAGCCUUUAUGAGGACGAUGUGUGGCUUUAGCUUUCCACUUUUCGCGCCGCAAAUGUAUGAAACGUUGGGUUUGGGAUGGGGAAACAGUCUAUUAGCAUUCUUGACGAUGACAUUGGGGAUUGUGAUGCCGAUAGGGCUUUGGUUUUAUGGGGUUAAACUUAGGAAGAUGAGCUGGAGAGGUUUGGAGUAG